CCACCAAUUGGAGAAUAAGGGUUCGCACACGAAGCCAAAAGCACUAUCGCGACAAUCAUCACGCACUUUUUUAGGGUGGUAUCUCUCUUUCCCCGCAAAUCUUCCUGGAAAAUCCUGGGUAGCCACAUUGCCCAGGGCCUUUGGUCAUCUCCCACGAGGCUCUCCUCGAUUCUUUCGUCAUUUAUUCGGAUUGCCGCCACUAUGUCUUUGCUCCUAAUGAAUGAUCAACGCCUACAGUAUAACAUUCUACAUCUAUCUGUGUCAGUUGUUUCGUUAUUUAUUGCUAUUUACUUUGUCACUUUGUCUCUUUUUUAUCAGCAGCGCACGCGCUCGCUUUCCACGUCUACGAACUUGGGUUUCCUCAAUCACAUUUCUGUUUUUGAUAUCGGCGAAUUGGAUGCGGAGAUGGAUGGACUCUCUCGCACUUGGUUAUGAUCAAGCGAUCUUAAUGAUGGAAAAACCUAAAUGCAUACAUUGGUAUGCAUUCUGUAUAGUGCGCAUGCCCUCUAAUUUCAUCGUUCGAGUUAGUAAAGUAUGAAAUGAGAUCACCAACUUCGUUUCAGAAACAUUUCACUACCGCAUGUGGCUACUGAUUGUCUGGUCGACUUGUUUUCCAGACUACA